CACAGAUCAAACCAUUGAAUAUCAAAUCACUUACUUGAUGGGCUCAACUACUUGAAUGGUUUGAAAACCUUGAUUAAAUUCUCAAACAAAGGAACAAUGCGGGCAAGGAUCCUGUUCCUGCCUGCCUAUUGGCCAAUGCCCCUCUCCAUAUAACAAGUCCAAAGUGAGGACUACGAAAGCACAAACCGCCAAGUAUAAACCCGGGAAAAUCUGCGCCUCUGAUCUCAUCGACCCAAGAUCAUAUCAAUUCAUCGCAGUACCCACAACCUCAAAUAAGGAACCUUCCAUACGAUUCCGACUGUCUCUCUGAGUAGAUGUCCCAACCUGACGUCUCUUACAGGUAAUCGGAAAGAAGGGGAAAAAGAAACUCCAAAGCUUUCACCUUUCCCCUCGAUUCCACCCUCUAAUUUCUCAUUCCGUUACUAGGUCAUUAAUCUCUUCCGUCUGAUUAUGGGUAAGAGGAGAUGCAAUUCGAUUCAGAUGUUGUUUUUCUUGUUGUUUGAAUUCCUUGAUGUGUCGUUUGGUCUAAUGGGUUUUGAGCCUUCAAUUCAUACAUCAAUUGGGGGGAAAAGGAAAAAGGGGAUACUUUCCUUUCAGGUACUUCCAAAUGAUCACCGAUCUGGGUGGGGUUUUCCCCCCUGAUUAGAACUAUAAUCGGAAGAAGUGAUGAGUAGAUGAAAAUGUCUCUACUUCAUUAGUCAAAAUGUCGGCUUUUGUGGCUUUUGAUACUUUGCGAGCUGGGGAUCUACAGCCAUGAAUUACUAGUUGAGCUCAUCUUCAACACUUGAAUGUGUUUUCCUCUAUUCAAUCUGUAUAAAAAUCAGAAGUGUCUGUCUAGCUCUAGUACAGCGUUCUUUGUUCUGGUUUUUGCAGUCAGAGUCUGCCUCGAGCAAUAGAUUCAGUUCCCAAUUAGUGUACUCUGAGCAUUUAUUUAAGUCUUUACUCCAGCUGAUAUUUUUGUGUAAAUGAAUAUUGUGUGUUUUGAUCGAUACUUUCCCUCAAUUACAAAGUGCACAUCGUGUUGCUAACUUGUUCUUGUGUUGAUGUGUGUUUGCGUUGCAGCUGUGGUUCUUGUGGGUUCCCAUUGAACUUGACAUCCUCCAACCGAAUCACUUCGACCAUAGCUUCUUCCGGGUAUCGUCGAUCCAUAAAGAAAGGUUUCAUCUCAUUUAUCUCCAUUGACCUUAGUAGAUUCACACAGUUGGACGAGCUACACUGCCUUCCUUUCUGUUGGGGAUCUUAUCAUGCUAAAACCAAGCUCUUGUGUCGAAAAUGUGGGGUUCAUAUAGGCUAUGGCCAUGGCAAUUCUCUAGUGCUUUGUGGUUUUGACUCUUCUGCUGAGUCAUCAUCCACCUCAUCCUACACGAAGUUCACCAUAAAGAUCCGUGCUUUGCAGCCUUCCGUGGAGGAAGCCCAUCAUCAAACAACAUGAUCAUUCAUCUCCCGGAUGAUUGCCUCUCCAUAAUCUUCCAGAAGCUCAACUCUAGCACCGAUCGUGAGUCAUUUGGAUUGACCUGCCAUCGAUGGCUGAAAAUUCAGAAUACAAACCGAAAAUCAUUGCAGUUCUCUUGCUCAUUCACCGUAAUCCAACUUUCUUCAUCAUCCAGAGCCACCCUCCUUGUGAGCUCCUACCAUGUUCAUCGGCUGCUCAAUCGCUUUCAACACUUGGAGCAUCUCUCUCUAUCCGGGUGCACAGAGCUUCAGGACUCUGCUCUAAACCUGUUACAAGUCCAUGGCUCUAAAUUGCUCUCUCUCAGUCUUGAUUGUUGCUUCCGGAUCACUGAUUUUGGUCUCUCACUAAUUGCUAACAGUUGCCCAUCUCUAACAGAUAUCAGUUUCUAUAGAUGUAAUAUCACCGAUGAUGGUUUGGGGGCUUUAGUAAAUGGAUGUCUGGUAUUGAAACGAAUAAACCUCUCAUAUUGCCCUAAUAUCUCUGAUCAGGGUCUGAGAGCUCUUUGUAGGAGCUGCCACGAGAUUCUGGCAGUUAAGAUUUCUUGGUGCAAGGGAGUGACUGGCAAAGGCUUCGAAGGAUGUUCAUCUACUCUAUGCUACAUAGAUGCUGAAAACUGCAAUCUUGAGCUAGAAGGAAUAUCAUGUAUCGUCAGUGGAGGUGGGAUCGAGUACUUGAACCUCUAUGGUGUGAACUUUCAUGGAGGUGCGUUGGCAGAAAUCGGUUCAGGGUUUGCCUCGAAGCUCAACAUUCUGAACCUGGGGUUAUGCAGGACCAUAGGGGAUGAAUCAAUAAUGGCGAUAGCCAGAGGUUGCCCCUUGCUUAAGGAGUGGAACUUAUCCCUGUGUCAUGAGGUUCGGGUUCCAGGGUGGGAGGCCAUCGGGGCGAACUGCAACGAGCUAGAGAGGCUCCACGUGAAUCGGUGUCGUAAUCUCUGUGAUUUGGGAUUGCAGGGUUUGAGACAAGGAUGCAGGAGACUGCAGGUACUGUACAUUGGCCGGGCCGGCGGGAGACUCACUUCCACUGCGCUGGAAGUGUUCAAAAUGGUUAGAGGUCGAGUUGAGGUUAGACAUGAAGAGGUAAUGUGCAUUGGCCCUGACUGGACUCUAUGAUGACAAAGAAGGUUAAUUUGUUCUCUCCACAGCUGGUGGUUUCUAGACUUGUAUGUAUAUAUGCAGUAUGUAUGUAUCAGAUUGGAUACUGGAUUUGAUAUCGAGACAACCAACGACCGAACUCGUUCUGAUAAUUCAUCGUUAGCAUUGUUGUUACAGUCUAUUCGAGGUUAACUGUAGCCGGUUCCAAUGAAGUCAAAUGACACGG